AUGAGCGACUUGAGAGAACGUCUCGCGCGAUUGGGACUGUCCCAGUACCACGAAGUGUUCACAGCCGAAGGCUUCGACACUUGGGAGACUGUGCUCGACAUUACAGAAUCAGACUUAAGUUCCCUCAACGUCAAGCUUGGCCAUCGUCGGAAACUUCAACGGGCCAUCGCCGAAUCGCGCGGACAGUCUUCAGAUAGGCCUCUGCCCAUCAAUCUUGCACGAGCUGGGAGCACUGCCGGCUCGUAUCGCAGUGACGACUCGGGGCCAGAGAGCAAAAGCAAGCAGCCAGAGCCCACCAAUACUGCACCGAAUGGAACAGGGGCCAAGCGGAAGUACCGUCGACAUCCCAAGCCUGAUGAACAUGCACCAGAACGUCCACCCUCUGCUUACGUCAUAUUCUCCAAUCAGGUACGAGAAUCACUCAAGGGACAAGAUCUUACCUUCACCGAGAUUGCCAAGGUAGUCGGUGAGAAAUGGCAAGUCUUGCCUGCCGAGGAACGCGAAGGUUGUGAACGACAGGCCAACGGUGCCAAAGAGAAGUACUAUGCAGAGCUGGCUGAGUACAAAAAGACGCCCCAUUUCGAGGCGUACCAAAAGUAUCUCGAAGAUUUCAAGUCGAAGCACUCAGUGCCCACUAAAGAAGGCAAACGCUCAAAGCUCGAAACCGAAACCAGCACUUCAACACGAGGAGGUAGCAAUGAACAGGCCGACCCACCGGCAAACAGGAGAUUGAGUUCUAUUCAGUCCGAUGCCCAAGCAGCAUUACAACAAAAACCGGAUCCCACUCAACCAAUCCCCCCUUCACGGCUACCACCUGGCCCAAUCUACGCUUCGAACUCGACAUCGCCGGCCAAUAUUCCCCUUUCUGGCUUCAACUCCCCCCGUUCGGGCGAACAAUUCUCCCCCACAUCUGCAUCUCCACGGACCACGGUCUUGCAAAGAGAUGGCGGUGUCUAUGACCCAUCCGUACCCAAUUCCAUUCGAGACACGAGGAUCCCCUUCGAUGCCAAUCCGUACCAUCAGCCUUCUGCGUACAACCUGGACCUCCACCAAAAGAUUGCAUCGACUCCACCACCUCCAUAUCCCCACCCAAAUCACUUUCAGGGGCCAAACGACAUGCUUUCUCGUCGGACUCCGCGCGACUCCUCGCGUCUCCCCCCGCUCAGUCACGAAGAUACGACAUUGUCGUCCGAGAGUGGUCACAGCAAUCAAGGAUCUCAAGGGUACACCUUGUCGGCUUAUCCUGGGCAGACAUUACCUGCAGACCCGAGUAAGACGAUGCGCAUGCUUCCCCAGCCAGUGCCCAGUAUAGCACCCCUAGCCUCGCCAUUGGAUCGGCCGAUACCGCCCAUGCCAUCACACCUCUCGCAUAAUCCCCAUGACUAUCGCAAUCAGGGGUCACUUGCGGUCCUCGUAAGAGCAGGAGAACUGGCAUCAAGAGCAGCGGACGACGACAUGGUCGAGACCGAAAGCUCACCUUGA